AUGGAAUACUUCCCACACGAUACAUUAUACGACUGCCUCAAGGCCAGGAGCAGUCCCAUGUCAGAGGAGGAAGCAAGGCAGGCGACUCGCCAGCUUCUCGAAGGACUCGACUUUAUGCAUAAGGACAAUUAUGCACAUCGCGAUCUCAAACCGAGUAACAUUUUCAUCGCCUCUCCAUCUCCAGAUUUGUGGCUUAAGAUAGGCGACUUUGGAAUCUCGAAACGCGUCACCGAUGACACAGUGCUACACACAACCAAGAUGAACACAAGAGACUACUGCGCCCCCAAGAUGCGUGUCUUUGUGCGAGAUCGUGCCGAGGCGGACUCAUAUGUGUAUACCAAUGCCGUCGACUUGUGGUCUCUCGGCAUCAUUGUCUUCGAAAUGCUCACCAAGAAACGGCCCUUUCUUAGUCGAAAGGACCUGGAAGCCUUCUAUGAUGGGAAAUCAAGCUUACCCAUUGAGGCUCUCAGAGAGAAGUCAAUUUCUCCAGACGGAAUCGACUUCAUUGGCACUCUUCUCCGCCCCAGGCCUCAUGAGCGUCCAACAGCAAUCGGGGCAUUGGAAUUGCCGUGGCUGAAAGACGCUCCAGUCGAAGUUAGCGACAAAAAGCCUAGUCCUGCUACCGAGAAGACAGAACAGCCACAGGAAGAAUAUCAGCAGCCCGCCACGAGCAUUCGCCAGCGUGUCCCAGUGGUUCCACUGCUGCCAAGUGAGAGGUUAAAAGAGAGUAAAACAUCUCGCCGGUCAGCUGAAGACGAGGCAGAGCCAAGAAUGAUGGAUGCCAGGAUUCCUGCGAUAACUGUUACAGACAUCAGAACACCUUACUUUGUACUGUCCGAGGAUGACUUCACGCUCCAUUUUAAGUACCCAUCCUAUUUUAAGGUCAUUGAUUCGAUCCUUGCUGCGAGUGACCUGAAUCAUAUAUCUGAAAAGCGUAUUCUCGAAUGUCUCCAGGAGUCUGUGGACUUUGAUAUCACUCCGUACAAGGCCGUAAUCAAAGACUAUAUCGGGGCGCGUAUUAACGACACGUUCGCCCAGCAAGAGGCUGCGCGAUCUGCACUGUUGGAGCAGCAGCAGUAUGGAAGAAGGCUCGCAUCUGUUGGCAGUCAAACAAGCAAAGCUGCAGAAGGGCAGCUGUCAUCGAGGCCUGCUGCGCGUUCGUCUUCUGCAGAACCACGAAACAAGCUAGUCCAAAGCAGUGGUUGGUGGAGAGACGUGAAACAAGACCAAACCUUGAAACUCUCCCGCUCCUACGACGCAGCUCUAUCAGAGAUUCCUACCGCUAUGAUGACAAGAAGCCCAUCCCCAUGCCAGGCUCGAGCACAACAGCAGGAUUUGGAGAUAGCUCAAAACUGGAAUUCAUGGAAGUUCUAG